AUAACAGAGUUUCAAUUUUUGAAGUUAGAGAUAUGGGCAGCAAAUGCAAAUCAAUAAAGCACUUACGCGAGCGCUGCCUUGAUCAUUGCUCAGAUAAGCAAUCCCUACAAUGGAGAUCCUACUAUUCUUGGCUUCCGCAGCGACUCAGGAAAAUGGGAUACGUCAAAGUUUAUCCCUCUAGCAAAAUUCCAUCUCAUUCUCUACUGUUUUCAACAUUACAAAAGCAGUCUACUGAGUCAAAGAUUGGAUUUUUGCGAUGGUAUUUGGGCAAGCUGGAGUCUCAUCCACUCAUGACCAAAAGCAUAACAGCCUCACUUAUUUUCGCGGCAGCUGAUUUAACAUGUCAGAGGAUUUCCUUGCCGUCUUCCAGUUCUUUUGACUCAAUAAGAACAUUGCGCAUGGCAUCAUAUGGGAUGCUAAUUUUAGGGCCAUCACAGCAUUUUUGGUUCAAUUACAUGUCAAAAGUUUUCCCAAAGCGCGAUAUAGUAUCAACCUUGAAGAAGCUUUCCUUGGGGCAGGGUGUAUUUGGGCCUUCUAUUACUGCUGUUUUCUUCUCUUAUAAUGCCUCUUUACAAGGUGAAAGUGGUGGUGAGAUUAUCGCAAGAUUGAAACGUGACCUUCUUCCAACAUUAGCAACAGGUCUAUUGUACUGGCCAAUCUGUGAUUUCAUUACAUAUAGAUUUGUACCAGUUCAUCUACAGCCAUUAGUGAACAGUUCAUGUGCAUUCAUUUGGACAAUUUAUCUAACAUACAUGGCAAGCUUAAAAAAAGUGAGCUAUGAUUAGUGGUGGCAUGUCAACUCAAUUCAGGUUAAUAAAUCGUUUUAGUUUACACAGCACCUCUUUCUUCCCUAAAAAGGAACAAGCCUCGAAUACAACAGCGUGCACAGCCUAAAGUACGAACAAGAUUCAGGGCAGUUCUGAAGCUGGAGAGAUAAGUUCUGUUGUAUGAGAGCUACGCGGAAAGCUGGAGAUAUGAAGUGUUGUGAUAAUCGGAGAGAUUGCCAAUUUUUUUUGGACUAAAUUUUCUAUAUGUUUGAUGUAGUAAAAACUUCUUGUCAUGAAAUAGCCCAAGUAUACUCGGUAUGCAUUUAUGGACAGUGUUGAGGAAUUUAUGCACUUUAUUAACGAGUAAGGCUGAAUUCAAACCGAGUCUAUUCAAGUUUGAACUCUAGCUUAGCUCAAACGAGUCCGAAAUGAGCUAAUUUUAUAUAGGUUCGAUCAAACUCGAGCUAUUAGUCAAAAUUUUUAAUAAAAAAUUUUGAUAUAAAACGACAUCGUUUUGACUAAUAUAUAUUAAAACGACGUCGUUUUAAUAACAAAAUAGUUAAAAAUUCGAGUUUGAAAUUAGUUGAACCGAAUUUGAGUCUAAUUCAAAUUAAAUUUUCAUGAGUUCUGCUAUAUACAAACUGAGCUGAACUGGAACUCAAGCUAGCUCGAAUCCAGCCCUAUUAACGAGAAGGGUUAAACAAGAAUUUUAUUUUACUCUGGGCAAGUGAAAUUACGGAAUUAGGUUGUGCGUUCGGCAUCAAAAGCACUUUUUUACCGAAUCAGAAAACAUGUUUUCGUUCGUUGGUGAUGUAAUUAGGUCCACAAGCCCGUCUUCGAAAGCCACGUAGCUCUCUCUUGGCCAAAUAAGGUAAUGACGUGACCGCAGGAGAAUAUUCUUCUCUACUCUACCAUUAUUAUUCCAUUAUUUGGGUGGCGCGUCCAACGCACACGCUUACCUGUUUAUUCUCAAUCUCUAAAAACACGCGCUAAAGCAAAAGUAUGUUGUGUGAGCUCUGCUUUAACACGUGGGCCUUCGACUCUUUAGAAAAAUACUUUAUCACGUGAGACCCACGGAUCAUAAUAUCUUCACAUGGAAAGUAGGAUAUCAAAACCUAACUCCCAAUAUAACCUCUCCACGUGGAUAGACAAAACACAUCCCACCCGCCCGUUUAUUUUGAUAAAUGUCAGUCGCAAUCAAUCUAAGCAUAUUGCUAACGCAUUGGAUCCGGACACGGCCCCAACGGUUUUUCCGACACGUGUCGCAUUUUAAUAGAGGGUCGCGUCACCCCGUGUAUAGCAGCUACCGAUUAAUUCAGAAAAUAGUUAGGCCAAAGAGAGAGAGGGAGAGCGAAGGAGCGAGAAGAUUUGACAGGAAUUCUGUUCAAUCAAUAUUCAAGUGUUCGUUUUUCUCUCGCUCUUUCCCUGAGGCGAAGAAAAGAAAACUUGGUGGAUGGGGAGGUGGUGGCACAACGCUAUGUUUCCCAUACGAAGAGUCUGGCACGGCGUCGCUUUGCGUCUGGGGAUUCGCAAAACGGGGCUACUGAGGCUGCGACGAGAUGUGAGAAGUUGUGAGUACAGGGAUGUGCAAGUGAUGUGGGAAAUGCUAGAGAAACAAGAAUCAAUGCUAACUCGAUCACCUAGAAGAAGCAGAAAGAGAUCCUAUUGGAAUUUCUUUGGUUGGGCUAGAUGUCCAUAAUCUCAUUUACGAAACUUCUUGGAUCAUAAAACUCUCCUUCAUUAGAAAUGGGCUGAUUCAGAAAUCAUUUGUUCAGAAAUAAGAAUCAGAGCUGCGGUUAAUAUGCAAUAGUUGUUUCUCCCCAUCAACCAGUUUGCAUUCAUCAGCUGCCUACCAAGAGGAUGUUAUCCUUUCUCCUUCACUCCAUCUUUUGUUACUUAUGAACAAGUAAUGUUCAUAUAUGUGUUCUUAAUCUUGCUGUUUGUAUGAGUGAUUCUUCCAUGGAUGUUUUGGCUUUUCUGUAUUUUGGGUUUGUUUCUAUGCUUUGAUUGUUAGGAUGUGCAGGGAAUAUUUGUAUAAGUAAUAUUAUUUGUACAAACAAAUUGUACAUACUUAUAUAUAUAAACUAAGGUGUCGUUUGAUUGACUAA